UUACACCCAAGAGACACCAUGACGAUCUCUUACACACUAAAAGUUGCAGAUGCCCGAUUCGCUGGAUUCUCCAAGCUACUAUUCCAUUGGAAAGGAAGUAUUUACAAACUUUUGUACAAGGAAUUCAUUGUUUUCAUCACCUUGUACUCAACAUUCAGUGUUAUGUACAGGCAUUUCCUCACACAUGAACAGAGGCUUGUCUUCGAGAAGGUGGCUACGUACUGUGAUAAACAGACCAGUCUUAUUCCAAUGUCAUUUGUUUUAGGGUUUUAUGUUACCCUUAUUAUCAGCCGUUGGUGGAACCAGUACACAAAUAUCCCACUUCCAGAUCAGCUGAUGUGUGUGGUGUCCAGUAAUGUUCACGGUGUUGACGAGAGGGGUCGGAUUCUGCGACGCACACUUAUCCGAUACGCUAACCUGUCUGCGGUGCUUAUUCUCCGGUCCAUUAGCACAAGAGUGCGAAAGAGAUUUCCCUCCAUCAAACAUGUUGUAGAAGCAGGUUUUAUGACCCAUGAAGAGUUAGAGAAAUUUGAAAGCCUUUACUCUGACUUUAACAAGUAUUGGAUUCCAUGUGUGUGGUUCACGAAUCUGGCAGCUCAGGCAAGGAGAGAAGGCCGAAUCCGAGAUGAUGUGGCUCUAAGACUACUGAUGGAUGAAUUAAAUCAUCAUCGGGCAAAAUGCAGUCUGUUAUUUCACUAUGACUGGAUCAGCAUUCCCCUAGUGUACACUCAGGUAGUUACUAUUGCUGUCUAUUCCUUCUUUGCCUGCUGUCUGAUUGGACGCCAGUUUCUGGAACCAAAGCCAGGCCACGAAGAAGAUAAGAUAGACAUUUAUGUUCCUAUCUUCACCUUACUGCAGUUCUUCUUUUAUGCAGGCUGGCUUAAGGUAGCAGAACAGAUCAUUAAUCCGUUUGGAGAAGACGAUGAUGAUUUUGAAACAAACAAACUGAUAGACCGCAAUCUUCAGGUUUCCUUUCUCUCUGUGGAUGAUAUGUACCUGAAUCUCCCAGCUUUGGAGAAGGAUAAAUAUUGGAAUGAUACUGCACCUCAACCUCCCUACACCAUCGCCACAGCCAACGAGACCCACAAACCAUCAUUUUUAGGAUCUACCUUUGACAUGCGUGUUAUCGACAACCCGGUUCCUGACGUACAAGUACAGCAGGAGUCAGAAGUGGAGCUCAAAGUUCACAUCCCCUUAAUCGUUUCCUGA